UCUGCCAAGCGUGGUGAUGUUGCAGUCGAUGAGUGCAGCCACGCCAGACUAUGAGCGUACGAGUAGCAGCUUCAGUCAGCAGCUCACCGCGCGCGUGGGGAAGACGACGAGAGCUAUGCACAGCAUCACAACCCAAGCUCCCAACACAACCACGCCUCUAGUAAACUCCAAUCCAUACACGUCAUUCUACAUGUGGAGCACUUCUCCUACAGAGACAUGAUUCUGCACUUCUUCUCACGCCCUCCUUCCACACACUCCCGCAGCGGCGGCCCCAAUUGAAUAUGGCCACCUCCCGGCCUCACCGCUCGUCGACCGCGGCCUCGAGGGUCCCGCCUAUGAACAACCAGAUAGCCGAGCUGCGCAGCCUCGCCGACGAGCUUAUCCGCGCCUCCGAGUCGUCCCCGCCGACCGCCCCCGUCUUGCAGACGCAGAGCAACGCCUUGCGCCGCAUGCGCCAGCUGCUCAUCGACUCGAGCGACCAGACGCACACCAAAGACGCCUUUCGGCACGUGCGGGGCUUCGAUGUGCUGCUCCUCACGCUGCGCUCGCUCUCGGGCUUCUACGACCCCGCCAAGCUGUCCACGCUCGACCGCAUCGACUUCUUCGAGGUCAUCAAGGCGACGCUGGACGUCUUGUCGGACGCGCUGAACGAGCAUGCGGGGAACAGGCGCUUCUUUGCGAGGCGCAUCGAGCAUGGCGGCUGGGUUGCACUGGAGCAGGCCCUGGCCAGUACGGGAAUCUUCGGCGGACCGUCCACGGACACACGGGACGAUGCAGGCCAGGAGCAGCUGUUUGGCUGCCUCUUCGCCUUUGCCCUGGGCGACGAGGCCAUGACGCGCAUAUUCAGAGACAUUGCCAAGACCACUGGGGAAGUGCCGGCGAGGCAGGAACCACCUCCCCCACGAAGCAGCGACCCUCCACACACGACCGAGAUCGUCGUCUCCAGCCCGCGGUCGACAUAUAGCGAGCCGGAUAUUGCCCUCGACCCGUUGCGUGCUCGGUUGAGGACCGUCUUCAGUGGGAACGAGGUGCUGCAGAACCCAGACGUCAUCCCUAUUAUCGUUCACUUUUGGCAGGGCUUGUCUGGCGAGAAUGCACCUGGAACGAAGUCAAAAGCGCUCUCUGUCGCUGUGUUGCUUGCCAUCAUUGACAUCACCGCCCUGUCUUCAUAUAACAAGGCUGCUCUGCACGUCACUGGCAUACUCAGCUUCAUCCUCCCCUUGUUGUUUGAGAACAAAUGCGCUCCCACAGAAGCUGGCCUCUUGCGAGACCUGGCAGACAGCCUCGUCGAGUACGGCAUCAAUAGACUAGACGAUGCCUACUACCUCUUUCGCAAGGCGGCCACAUCAGACCAAGCUGCCGAGUUCCUCCACCGUGGCAUGCGGACGUCUCGUGGUCCACAUUUCAUCCAGUUCGACUUAUCUCUGCAUGGCUUCAGUGCUGUCGAGCUCCCUGACAUUGGCCGUCCUUUUCCUCCCAUCUCUCCCGGCAGCGGAUACACAUUUGCUACCUGGAUACGAGUUGAUAAAUACGACCCCAACUGUCAUACCACACUCUUCGGCGCGUAUGAUGAUACACAAACGUGCUUUUUGAUGGCUUAUCUAGAAAGAGAUACCCGCUGUUUCAUACUGCAGACUUACAUGGGCCACUCGACUGGCAUCAUCCCCAGCGUACGCUUCAAAAAGGCUCCUCGCUUCGAGGAAGGAAGGUGGUACCACAUUGCUGUAGUUCAUCGGCGAGCAAAAGGCAUCGGCGCAGGGAGCCACAAGGCUUCACUCUUCAUCGAUGGCGAGUUCACCGAGACCAUGAAGGCCCACUACCCAUCUCAUCCCCCUGUUUUGAAUAGCAGUCAGGAAAGUUUCACAUCCAUGUCAGCUAGUAUCUCAAAACACCAUAUUCUUGCCUUCUUGGGCACCCCACGUAACCUCGCCCCCCGUUUAGGUCGCAACGUUCUCACCUCCAAGCUUUCAAUGGCUUCGUUUCAUCUGUUUUCCGAGCCGUUGUCCGACGAGUUGAUCGCCGUGUACCACAAACUCGGACCACGCUACUGUGGCAACUUUCAAGACAGGCUGGGCUCAUUUCAGACCUAUCGCACGUCUGCUGAGCUAAACGUUCACAAUGAAAUAUUGCACCCUGGCAAGGAAGAGCGAUCAGAGAUCGUGUCGGCAAUCCGAGCAAGUGCAAGACACCUAAUGCAUGAAUCGAAAGUUUUACUGAGUUUCUCACCUACCUCAGUCAUGGAUGAUGAUGAUAGAAACGCCGUGGACGAGUCCCAGCUCAUUCGAUCACUCUCAAAAGAGUCCGCGAAGACGCUCCAAAAGUAUACUAGAAAACACAGCACGCCUGUCAUCAUCAAUGCUGCCGUACCUUCAGUGAAUGACGCUCUGUCACAAACAUGCGGGUUCGGACGACUAUCUGGCGAUCCUGUGGUAGUGGUGCCUCAAGCUCUAGAUGACGCAAUAUGGCGCAUCGGUGGUUGUGCUGCAGUAGGUCUGAAGCUGGUACAGGCUGCUCAAUCCUUGGACGGUGUACUACGUGCUGUUAAAAUCCUCCUUGAAGCAGUGGAAGGCAAUUGGCGCAACUGUGAAGCCAUGGAACAGAGCAAUGGCUUUGCUAUCCUUGCUGAGGUGCUGCGUCAGAAGAUUGGAUUUGCUAUGGGCGGUCUUGUCAUGCGAAAUUCCUCAUCGCUCGAUGUCACCCCUGAAGAUUGCGAAUUGUUUGUGGUGGAGUUGCUUCGAGAGAUACUUCGUUUCGUUGGCUAUGACGAGCAGCAUCCUGAAGAGUCACUGAUCAUCAACCCGCUAGCAUAUCGAGUCCUUUUGGUCGAUCUUCAAAUCUGGCGCAGGGCAACAACACUGGAAACGCAGAAACUGUAUUAUACACAAUACAUUCAGUUUGCGAAAGGAAGCAAGCAUCAUCAUUACAAUGCGAAGCGCUUCCACAGGAUAAGAGUCGUCAAAUGUUUGACAGACGCGUUGAUGGGUGAGACCUUCACUCCACAGACUUUACCGUUCUUCAUCGACGCGUUCAGGUGCCUUCUGCAAAUCAACUUCAAUGGUGAGAAUGCUCGAUCGUUAUCAUUGUUUGUCACCUACGCUUUGCACGAUAAUCGCGCCUCAUAUGCUAAACGGACAUUGCGACCCAAGGUGAGCUCUGUACGACUGCGACAAGGAACACCUCCUGUCGGAUCUCCUGGAGAUACGCCACGUCCUAGUAGUCCAGCACACCUUGACGCGAAUGCAUCGCCGCUCUCUCUCACAGAUCUCGGUAUUGCCAUUCUCGGCCUUCUGGCGGAGCUUUUGUGUGACCCCCAAAACCCCAAUGAGAUCGUGCGCUUUGCCAAGAACGUGACUGGAAAGUGGCUCCUCUACCUUCUAGCAGAGCCUGACCAGCGUGUGGUGGUGCUCGGAGCAAGGAUUCUUGCCCGUCUUCUUGUUGUAAAUGGCCCACUAUUUGUUAAAAAGUUCUCUGACAAGACAGGUGGGUUUACUCUGAUGAAGAACCGGCUACGUAAUUGGUGGAACACACCCAGUAUCUGGACAAUCUGCUUCGCUAUUCUGUUCGAUCGCGAUAUAGCGUCGAUUGACUUUGAGCGAGACUUCGACGUCUUCAAUCUGGUCGAUAUCUUCAUCGCACAAUCACCGCAAACGAAGUUGAGGAUUUGUUAUCCAGAGAUCUUCGCGGUCAUUGCGGCUAUGCUAGACACCGGGUUGCGCGCAAUCGUUCGCGAUCGAGCUCAGACUACAGUACCAACUAGAGGUUCUCCGUCAGAGAACGGCAACGCUCCUACAACUAGAGGACGACGAAGAACAAUGUCGUUGAAAGCUGAGUCGCCGAACAUAAGCCUCAAAGCCCCGCAAACAGAACGUUUAAACGACUACGCUGCCGUCUUGAAUUCAGCUAUCCAAUUUCUCUCAGAACUGCAUGCACGCUCUGAGGUGUUUCGUGACUAUGCCAGCACGUCCAACUAUGUCCAAGAGUUACUUUUUGUUCUCUAUCCAGUCAUAGUCACGUCGGAUUGUGUCAGCGCGGAGACAGAACUGCUCUCGCGCGGUUCAGCCUUGACAUUUGAGGGCCAUGACGUUGUGAUUCAGCCAUUGUCGCUUACCAAUAGCCAACAAACUCCCAUCAUACGUACGAGUAACGUCAGUACGUCACCCUCACCGUCCUCGCGAAGAGUCAUUCCCUUUCGAAGGGCGUCUUCAUUCGUGCUUGUGUCGGCAGACAAGGUCAAGCAGGCCACCAAGCCACAGACGUUAGAGCCCAUACUCUCGCCCAGGACAUCUGCCCCACCUACAACGAAGGUGGGAACCUCGGUUGUUGAAGCCACACUCGAAGUAGUUUUGGAUGUUUUCAAAGACCAGCUUUUCACGCGAAAAGAUUUUCCGGGCUUUGGCCUCUUCCUUAAAACCCCACCUGGUUUCCAAGAGCAUCAAGCGUACUUUGAGUCGUACGUUCUCCGACAAACGUUGUCCUCGGUAACGAACGCUCUCCGGUUAGACCAGAAGCUACUCCAUGAACCGCGAGUGCUCACAAACCUCGCGCGAUUUGUGACCCAUAUAUCCGAGGCCGUGUUUGAGGGUUGGUUUCUGGAUGGCGGAGAGCCGCUUCUCGACUUCACAGGUUUUAUCUUGGAAUAUCUGGAGCGCCCGGACAUUGCCAAGGUCAAGACUGUCAGACUAUGCACCCAGGCGAUUCAGACGAUCCGAUCAGUGUUCUUGAGAGUCGCCCUUUUACGGCUUGCAGAACCUGAUGAGUCUGCAGGCGCAUCCAAUACGACAGCAGCUAUCGAAAAGAUGGUGUAUUGGCAACCGAUCAUUCUUUCUUCGGCCAACAACGAGUCAUUUUCACUAAAGAUGAUUUGCUAUCUUCUCUACACAAAGUUGGCCUCUGAGCAUGAAGGAGUGCGCCUCGCUUCUGUGAAUUUCUGGCGACUCCUUCUUGUGCAAAAACCAGAAGAGACGGCUGCCCUGCUGGCUAGCGUCAUACAGUCGGACAAGAACCUAUAUGAUGGCUUCCAGAAGCUCAUGGAGCUUGAUAAUGAGACGUUUCUCCAUUGGUUUGAGAGGAACAAGACAGAGUUAGACAGCUUUUUCUAUGGCUCCAUGUCCAAAUUGUGGGAGGAUUACGCUCAUGAUCAAAACAAACGAACCGAAGAAAGCUCCCAAAAGCGAAUAGCGAAGCGUAAGGAAAGGCUGAAGCAAUGGCAGUCCGAAGAACUGACCACAGAGAACAUCUGGAACCACCACGAAAACUCAACUAGCCAUUGGCGAUCUAACAUUCAUGCUUCGGAGCGGCUCAAGCAUCAACGAGUGGUGCAGGACCAGCAAGACAAUGCGACGUUCCUAGCAACGGUACUAGCAAAGCAUGACCACCAACUCAAAGGUCCGUGCGCGCUGUUCGAAGAUAGCCCACCAGCGAAGUGGAGACUUGACGAAACAGAAGGCCGUGAUCGCAAGCGCAUGCGCAUCAUCGUCGACAAUACCACCCGGGAACAACAAUAUCAACCUAAGCGGAAGGAUACCGAUCCUCGGGAAAGGCUCAAACUAGAUACAGCUGUUCCCACCAUCUCUACGAAGGAUGCUUUGGCCGUCACGCCUACGGGUGGUCGAGGUAGAAGGUCGUCAUCCAAUCUGGUCACGAAAAUGGAGUCCAACGAUGACGUGAACUCGGAUAGUGAGGAAGGCUUUGAGAUGGUCGAAGCCUUGUACGAAGAUGAAGAUGGUUUCGAAGACAAGAACCGCAAGGUCAUGAGGAGUCUGAGGCGUGGUGACCAGGUGCAGUACGUUUGCAACAUCUCGCGAGUUGUUGGUCUGGAAGCUGUUGAAGGGCUCCUCAUCGUUGGAAAAGAUUGUCUAUACCUCCUGGACGACUUCUUCCAACGGUCUGAUGGAGAGAUUGUGCGUGUGUGGCAGGCACCGCCUGAUGAGCGCGACCCUUACGUACAGGUCAUAGCGGGCAAGGAAGCCGUCACCAAUCGCCGACCACCGCCCAGGACGCAAGAGGACUCUGCGAGAGAUUGGAAGUGGAGUGAGGUGAUUAGCAUUUCGAAGCGCCGAUUCCUCCACCGUGACGUUGCAAUCGAAGUCUUCUUUGACGAUGGACGUAGCUAUCUGUUGACAGCAAUAUCUGCACAAGCUCGGAACGACAUCCACUCUCGCGUCUUGCAACGAGCCUCACACGUUGUGAACCCGGAAAAGCUGGUCAAUUCUGAGAUCGCGUGGAGACUCGAUUCGUUGCGCAACCCAGAUGAGGCACCACAGACAUUAGGUUCACGAUUUGCAUCAGCUUUCAGUACUGCCUCGUCGCAUCCAGCGACCAAGAGGUGGCUGAAGGGUGAGAUUUCGAACUUCCACUAUCUGAUGUUUGUCAACACAUUAGCCGGACGUACGUUCAACGACCUUACACAAUAUCCGGUUUUCCCCUGGGUCAUAUCCAAUUACCACAGCGAAGAGUUGGAUUUGUCUGACCCGAAGAAUUUCCGCGACUUGAAAAAGCCGAUCGGUAUUCAACACCCGAAGCAAGAGGCUUCAAUUCGAGAGCGGUUCAACUCAUUCGCUGAGAUGGGUGAUGCGGAUCAUGCCUUCCACUAUGGAACCCACUACUCUUCGGCUAUGACCGUAGCAUCCUAUCUCGCACGCCUACAACCCUUCAGCGCCGCAUUCUUCCUCAUCCAAGGCGGCACCUGGGACCACGCAGAUCGCAUGUUCUACUCCAUCCAAAACGCAUGGGACUCCGCGUCCAACAAGAACAUGGCCGACGUCCGCGAAUUGACGCCAGAAUUCUUCUUCCUCCCUGAUUUUCUGACAAACGUCAACGCCUAUGAUUUUGGUCUCCGCUCCGACAACUCCAGCAUCGAUAAUGUUCAGCUACCUCCGUGGGCAAAAGGUGAUCCUGCCAUCUUCAUUGCCAAACAGCGUGAAGCCUUGGAAAGCCCACACGUCAGUGCCAAUCUACAUCACUGGAUUGAUCUCAUAUUCGGGUACAAGCAGCGCGGUGAAGCGGCAAUCGAAGCCGCGAACGUCUACCAUUGGAUGACCUACCAAGGCGCCAUCGAUCUGGACUCCAUUACCGACGAAAAGGAACGCGCGCAGAAAAUCAGCGUGAUCAAUAAUUUCGGCCAGACCCCCACACAGGUGUUCCAGCGUCCGCACCCGCACAAGGAAAACGUGGCGAAGAACGCGAAACUAGACACUGCGGCGGAGAGCCUGCAUCGUGUGCCCGGAACUCUGUUGGAAGCCAACGACCGCAUCGCGUCGCUGAACUACAUAGCGCGAAGCGACAAACUUCUCUGCUCGGCGCCAUUCCGCCAUAAUAUACCACCCCUCUACGACAGAUACAUGGAAUGGGGCUUCACCGACGGCAGCGUGCGCUUCUACGACUCGCACAGCAAGAAGCUCAUCGGGCUAUUCGAGCACUUGCAUUCGGGACAACUCACCACAAGCCUCUUCGUCGAUGGGCGCACUCUCAUCACCGCAGGCACAGACUGCACGCUCGCCAUUUGGAACGUCAUCAAAGCAGACAAAGGCCACAUCGACCUACACAACGCCACCACACUCUUCGGCCACAAGAGCCCCGUCGUCGCUCUGACAGCAAGCCGUGCCUUCUCCGCCUUCCUGUCCGCCAGCCUCGACGGGAAGGUCUUCCUGUGGGACCUCAAUCGUAGCGAAUUCGUGCGCGAAUUAGAUCUUGGACCGAGACAUCGCGCGAAUCCGGUGCCGGUACAGGCCGCAAGGAUUAAUAGCGUUACGGGACAUAUCAUUCUUGCUGUUGGGAGGCGAUUAGUUAUUACAACGCUCAACGGGGAUGUCCUGCUCGACGAGGAUGUGUGCGAUGGGGAUGAGGAUACGGAAGGGGUGACGUGUGUGAGUGCAUAUGAGGGUGUGGGGAAUGAGUGGUGUGAAAGGGAGUUGGUGUUCAGCGGGCACCGGAGGGGCGUCGUCAAGAUCUGGCACCUUCUCCCCGCGCCUACUUCCACAAAUACGCGCUGGACUAUCACCCUCAUCAACGUGCUUAACCAUUCUGAUCAGAUGACUAGCUCGAAUGCCGCACCUAUUACGUGUAUACUGCCCAUGCCGCAUCAGGUGUAUACGGGCGAUGAGGAGGGUAGAGUCUAUGAAUGGGAUUGUGUGCAUCGGCAGCGUUGAGCUGGUAGAUGUGUGGUGUCAGUGUUGGUGGGUGUGUCGAUACGCAAAUGCGUGGGGAAAUGUUGUGUGGGACAUACAGACGGGAAGUGUAUGGAUAGUUACAAACCCAAACGCGGAAACGAUACACACGAUAUGUAUAACGAAUCUCAACUUUCCGAUGUGUCAAGAUCU